AUGCUAAGCGAGAAACUGUUGGACUGUCUAAGCGGUGUAGAGGUUAACCUGAUGACAACAAAUCGUCAUCGAUUGGACACCUUAACCAAAUCGACGAUGGCUGGUCUUUUACCAGUGGAACCCAGUUUGUGUGGUUUAGUCUUGAGACCAGUACGAUCGCAAGCCAUACAUUUCUGUAAGAGAAAGAGGCAGUCAGCCUCUUUGUGUUCAGCAUCUCCACAUCUGCAGCACGAGCCGGUGAGGUCGGGGCCCUUGCAGCAUUCAUUGGAAGUGUCCAAAACCAUAACAUCGAACGCAGACCACGCGGACGUAAGUCACCAUUACUUAAUAAUAAUUGGUUUGCGUUAUAACAUAUGCAUCAGUUAUUCCACUUUCUUUAUUGUGAAAAUUCUGUAUAACAAAAUAGAUCUCUUCGAACAUUACGAUUCGUUAUAAAGAGUUUUCAUUGUAUAUUUUCCUUUAACUUAUUUGAAUACGUUUACAAGAUUACAAUGAUCAAAUCAUUUAAUUUUUUAUAAAAUAUAUAAGAUAUUAUAAUAAAAUGUAAACAAGAUGUUAAAAGCUUUAUGAGAUUNAAUCAUAGAUAGAAAAUUGAAUUGAAUACCAGGGUAUUUGAUAAGCUGAGAGAUUUAAAAAAAAAACCACCUGAGGCAAUUUACAAGUGUUAAUUGACAUUAAGAAUAUAUUUUUCAUUUUAAAAAUUUUAAUUUACCCUAUUUAUGAUAUUUAGGAUGUACACAAUUAAUAGAAUUUCGGUUAAAUAUACAAAAAGAAUGUUGACAACUAAAAAAAAAAAAUAUAGAAAAACAUAUACAUUUUAAAAUGUAAUGGUAUUACUAUAAUAAAAAAGGUAUUUAAAUGUAGAAUUUUAAAAAAUAAAAAAAAUCACUAUACAAUGUACAAUAAAAAAUUCAUAAAUAUAAUAUAAGUUGACAUUUUGAUGCAUGUACAAAAAUUAAUCAUUGUAAAUAUAAUAUAAGUAAACUAACUCAUAGAUUUACAUCAUUUAUUUAUUUUUUUGAAGAAAAUUUAACAGUACUUUGGCGAGAUUUGCCAAUGUAGUAAGUAAAGACGCGUAAGUACUGUUAACAAAUGUUAUAAUUAAAUUAAAUUAAUAAUAUUUUAUUCGAACAAAGUAUGUACAGUAAAACCUCACUAUAACGGAAUCGUUUGGGACAAAACAUUUUUCCAUUAUAAAGAGGAUUCCGUUUAAUAGAGGGUCCGUUAUAGAGAGGUUUCACUGUAUAACGACAACAUAAAACGAACAAACGGAAUGUGCUAGUGAGCAUGUGCUUGAGAAACGAUCAAAAGAACAAACAACUAAGACCGGAAUGACGGGAGCUCGAACGAUGAUGAGAGUGAUGGUGACAAUGUGAGGCGUGGCCAAUGUCUAGACAGUGCGGUCCUCCGUUGGGGAGAAAUAGUGUACUGUCACAGUACUAUUGUCUAGUAUUAUUUUGGGUCGUUUGAUUAUGGUAAAUAUAGUUCGUUGAGAUAAAGAAAAUUUUGAUUUAGUCUCUCAAUUUCUAUAUUAUAAAUUGGAUUUUCCCCUAAAUCUAAAGUCGUUAUACUUUUUAAGUGGGAUACAUUAGUAAGUUCAGAUAUAUUAUUGCCCCCUAAAAGAAGAACUUUCAAAUGUUCGUUAUAGUCCAAGUUUUCUAUUAAAUCAAUGUUAUUAUUUCUCAGGUCUAAGAUUACAAGUUUUCUACAGUCGUAUAAAUUUUGUAUCCUAGUUAAAUUAUUGCAAGAUAAGUUCAAAUGUGUUAUUUCGGUGAGUUUUUUUAAGUUUUUGAUUUCUUCUAUUUUGUUGUUUAUAAGAAUUAGUGUUUUGAGAUUAAUAAGUUUGUCCAAGUUUUGUAUUACACUAAUAUUAUUAUUAGAUAAAUCUAGUUUUCUGAGGUUAACUAGUUUAUCCAAUCCUCCUAUGGUUUGUAUUUCGUUAUUAGACAAGUUGAGUUCUGUUAGCUCAGUCAAGUUGUCCAGGUUUUCUAUUUUAGUUAUGUAAGAGUUACAUGAAAGAUCUAGAGUUGUGAGUCUCACUAAAUGGUCAAUGUUUUUUAUGCGAGUUAAUGUAUUGAAAGAUAGGUCAAGGUGUUCUAAGUUAAAAGGUAAAUUUUUAUUUAUGGUUUUUAUGGUGUUAUUUGUUACUUCCAAAGUUUUUAAAUUAAACAAGUAUUUUAGGUUAGGUAUGUGACUUAUUUGGAUUUGGUUGAGAGUUAAAUGUUUAGUGGAUCCGUUAAAUACCAGUCUUUUAUAUUCCAAGUUAACUCCAGUUAUAGUUAGUCCUAUAUAGUUGAAAUGUUUUUUACAUUUUAAUAAGUAGUUAACUUGGUUUAAGUUAUCGAGUGUUAGGCUGCCAUAGUCAAAUUUUAUAAGUUGUAAAUUCAGUGCAGUUAUCAAGUUUAUAAUAUCAUUGAAGUUUAAGAAUUUUGUUAGGUCAAUAUAUGUUGUGCAGAUGACUUGUUUGAAAGUUAAUGUUUUUUCCUUUGUGUGCAGAUGAUCUGUAAAAAAAAAAACAGAAUUUAAAAUUAAAAAUAAAUCUUUUAUAUUCAACAUUGAAAAUAAAUUUAAAAAAAAAAAAGCUGAUAAUGGAGACAGGUGUGCUACUAAAGUAGGUGGAAAUUCGGGAAGAAGGAAUAGAGAAGAAUUUAAUGUAUUUUGGUAUGCAACGAUUAAUCAUUACUAACGAAAAAAGUUUCUCAGCAGAUUUCGGUUAUACAUAUUUUAAAAGGCCAUAAUAUUAUGUUAUGUGAGCAUAACAUUCCAAUAUUAUAACUGUAUAGUUAUUUAUUAUUUAUAUCAUUAUUAAAAAUGUAACUAAAAGACUCAAAUAUGGCCGAAUACUUGGUAUUUUACAAAAAGUAAAUAAUUAAAUAAAUAUAACGGAUCGAUCGCUAUUCGAGAGGGAUACAAGCUUAUCUACAAGCAAAAUAAUUUAAAAUGUGUAAAAUAUAACAGAAUUCCAUGCCAUCUGCUGCGGUCCUUUGAGGACACUGCCGCCUCAGUCAUACUAUUUAUAUUAUCUUAUUUUCACAAUUCGAUUAUUAAUUAUUUUAUAUCGGCAUCGACGCGAAUGCCAUCUGUUCCGUCUUUUUAAGCACACAAAUUCCAGUAGUUUUCUAUUAUUUGAAAUCAAUCUAUAUCCGAUCCAUUACCUUCAUUUAGAAAAUUUAAAUAUAAUUCAAAUAAAAUUAAGCAAUAGGUAUACAACUUCAAUCGACCCUUUGAUGAUACCGCCUUGUCAUCAUUCUCUCGCACUAUAUACCAUUAUAAUUAUUUCUAUACAAAUUUCAAAUCAACACAUAACGCUAUUUUUUUUUAUGGUUGACCUUUUUUUGGCUUAUUUAAACACAUCAAAUUUGACGGUUUUUUCAAUUGAAAAUGAAGCGUAUUGAUCCAUCGAAAAAUCCCAAGAUGAUCACUCUGUCGAGAAUUCUGCACACAGCAACAACUACGCUCCACCAACUUCUUUCAAGGUUCUCUCUCGAAUAGCUAGCUCCGACUUUUAGCAGCUAUAAUCACUCAUGAUCGAUUUAUUUAUUAAUUUACUUUGUAAUUCAACCUUUUACUUUCCUAAUUUAAAUAUUAUCAUUUUUUAUCUGAGUGCACACAGGUGCUAAGUGUUAAUUAAUUAAAUUAGUUUAUCCUAAUUAAAUUGUGAUUUCCGUCCAAUGACUCCAGUUUCACGUGAAGUUAUCCAUAAGUAUAUACCCUAGCGUUCCAACACCGUGGGCAGGUAAUAAUUAUAUUUUUCUUUAUUUAUCGAUUUCGUCACCAUUCUCGGAUUUACGAUUCCGAAUCCCUUUCAAACAUCGGAAGGAAGGUAGUAAUAUAACUAGUAGGCUGAACUUUUAUUAUAAUUAAAGAUAAAUCAUUCUUUGUAGUACCAAAACCUAGAUCAAUUAUUUUAUACUUUAUAAUAAUAUAUAUAUUUAUACGUACUCCUUUAUAUUUUGUUCUUUGUAGAUACUUCUACGUAAUAUCCUAUCAUUUCAAAUAUAUUUGUCUUCUAUUACUAUAUUUAGUGUUUUUAUUCUACUACUGUCUCACCCCCUAACCACGACUUUAUAUUUUUCCCCCCUAACACCUUUUUAUUCCCCCCUUUUUAUUUUUCCUAUUUUUUGUAUUACUACACAAGAUAAAUAUUAAAUACUAAAUAUUUAGACUCUCUUGUAAAAUAAAAAUUAAACAUGAAUACUGAUACUUCUAUAAAAAACCACCUAUGAUUUUUUUGAUAAAAUUAAUAAAAUUAAUAUUCAGCUAGGUUACAAAAUUAUUUCUGUUGACGUCAAAAAUUCAUAUUCUUCCAUUCCUAAACACGAAACAGUAAAAUUUUAAAAAUAAACUUAUACAUAGUAAUAAAUUUAUACAGACGAAGUACAAGAAAUCAUUCAACCAAUAAAUGUAAUUACUAAUCAUAACUAUUUCCAAUAUAAUAAUAAAUUAUAUUAUCAAAAAGAUGGGUUAGUUAUGGGUGGUCCUUAAGUGCUCUUUUAUCUGAAAUUUACAUGCAAAAUUAUGAAACCAAUACAAUUAUUAACAACAAAAUAUAAAGUUCAUAUAUAAAAGCAAGAUAAUAAAUUUAAUUUUAGUAUUUACAGGAAACCUACACAAAUCGAUGCUAUAAUACCACAUGAUUCUGAUCACCCUUAUUCUCAAAAAAUAUCAUUUUUAAUUCAAUAUUCUAUAGGCUUUAACGUAUUCCAUUGAAUAAACAUAAUUAUCAACAUGAGCUCAAUAUUAUCUAUAAUAAAGCAUAUACAAAUAAUACAUUAAAUUUAAAUAUUAUUAAAACAAUUCAUAAACGUAUUAAAGAAAAAAAAAUACACAACUAAUGUUGAUAACCAUUGUAGUAUGAAGUAUUAAAAUAAUAUGUCUAUCGAAUUUGCUAAAAUUAAUACAUAAAAUGUAAAAAUCGCUUUUAAUACUAAUAAUAAUUUUAUCAAACAUGUAAACAAUAAAACUAAAAACAUUAUAAAAAUGCUCUCUUCUUCUGAGAACACUGGCAUAUAUAAACUCAAAUAUAACUGUAAUACAUUUUGGAUAAGUAAGAAAAAUAGAAAUUUUAAAAUAAGAUACACAUUAAUGAUAAAGAACACAUUUCGGAAAUAAAAUUAAAAAAUAUUGCCCUUAAUUCAAAUUCGCCAAACCUGUUUUAGAAAAUAACCAUAAUAUAAGUUUUGAUAUUAAUAUAGACUUAGAGAUAUUAAAUGCCCAAAAUAACAUUUACAUUAAUUCAGUUUUAGAAUAAUUACAUAUACAAUGAAACAAAGAAAAAUAAUUUUAAUAAUAUUUUAAAAGUACAAACCGAUUUUAAAAAUUACAUCUUAUAUCAAUACAUUUUAGAUAAAUAAUAAUAAACAAAGAAUUUAUAUUUCUUAACAUAUCUAUGUCUUAUAAUAACCUAUUUUUAAAUAAUCUCUCCUAUUGAAAUAAAUUAUUUUUAUGUAAAAUACUAAUUUGUAUACUUUUUUUAUAUGUAUUUAUUAAUUUCAUUAUUUAUAUUCAGUCGCGUUUUACAUUGUAGUAGAAAAAAAAAUUUAAAUGGUAGAGAAAAGAGGGAACAGAGAAAAGGAAUAGAAGGAGAGGGGUAUAGGAAAUAGUAUAGGGUUAUACGGAGGUUAUAUUAGGUUUAUUUUUCAAUUUCUUUUUUAUAUAUACUAUUACAAUGCAGUUGUAUGCUUUAAAUAAAUCAAAAAAUUAAAAUUAAUAUAAUAUUUUAGUAUAUCAUAAUAACAUGAUGGAUUUUUGAUUCUUAUGGGAAGUUUACUAUAUAUAAUUAUAGUUAUUACGUUGUUGAUAUAAUUUAACUAUCUUGAAGGAUAAGUUAAAAUGACGAUUUGGAUGUUGAUCGUAUUUAUUAAAGGAAUGAUUUGAAAUCGUGUCAUGGGUAUUUAAUAAUAUUGCAUUCUUGUGGAUAAAGACGUUAGGUAGGUACUUUUCUUUUUCUUAUUAAAUGGAAAAUUAAGGAUUAUAUAUUGAAAUCUAAAAUCUAUGACAAAGAUAAAAGAAGAAAUGUUUGAAUUUGUAAAUAUUAAUUCUAAAUUCACAACGUUAAUAUUUUUGUGUUUGUUGCUUUCGGUAUAAUGUAAUAUAUAUGGUUUGGGAUAAAUAUAUAUUAAGUGUAAUAAUAUAAUGUUUGUAAAAAUGGUAUUAAUACACUAAAUAUAUUUACAAUUUGGCGUGUGUAUUAUUUAAUGUUGUCGUCGGAAUUUUGUUUGACCAUUUAAUUGUAUUACUUUUUAUUAGUGUACCAUAGUACCAAUUCGUGCCGUUAUCUAAGUUAUAUAGUACUAUGACUCGACUCUAGGCAAUAAACGAAACCGUUUGUAUUUUUACCCGAGUAUAUAAAUGUAUCGAAAUCAUAUGAAUUAGCUAGGGUGGCGAGUUGAUCGCUACGCCACGAAUAGGAUAGAAUAGAAUAGAAAUAAAAAGAAAGAGACAGGGAAGAGGGAAAUUAGUGAUGGGACGGGGUAAUGUAAGUAUCGGUGUAAAUAUUAUAUUAUCGUACGUGGAUCCACUACUUUACAAACAACACUAAGAGUGAAAUAAUCUUUCGAACCCAAGGGUGAGCGGUAAGGAGGUGUGUGUGAUGGUCGACAAUUUUGACCUAACGCGGACUUUACGUUGCCACUAUAAGCGGACGACCAAAUCUGAUACUAUGACUCAAUACAGUGUACAAUAUAUGUAUAUUACGUUAUAUAAUAAAAUCACAACGUAUUAUAUGGGAUAUCAUUGUGUAUUGUGUCCGAAGACCGUCCUAAUCUGUGUAAGUGUGUGUUUAAAUAAAUGUGUAAAUGAAAAUUUUUUAUAUAUAAAUAACACGUCCUGACUGACUGAUCCAUUAUCGCUUAGCCCAACCUACUGAACGGAUUUGGCUGAAAUUUGACACACAGAUAACUAUUACGACGUAGGUAUCCGCUAAGAAAGGAUUUUUUAAAAUCCAACCCCUAAUGGGAUAAAAUAGGGGUUUUAGGUAUGUUUGGUACGAACAUCUAAUUACUUUUUUAUUUAAGGGUUACUUUAGUGUUACGGAAAAUAAAACUAUUAUAAUUAUUAUUAUUACGAUUCAAACUACAUAAGGUAAUAUUGAUAAAUCUUGAACUAGGUACAACAACAUUUAUCAAUAUUUUAUAUUAUCAUUCGGGUUUGGAUUUAUAUGUAGUUAUCCUAGGACGUCUUUUUAUUUUUUAAACGGAUGUUUUCAAUAACGAAAAAGAAACGUUAACUUUAAUAAUUACUUCAUUGAAUUGGUAACGAAAAAUAAUCAUAUUUUUGAAAAUAAAAACAAAUACUAUAUUAUGGAAAGGUAAGCAAAAAUUUUGAUUUUGAUAUUCAAAAUCGUUUCCUGAAAUUCUGGUCGUCAUAAAUUUCAAAACAAUUGGUUCUUUCAUUGAAGAUUCUCAGGCGUUAUUGCAUUGCGAUAACUUUUUCAUCGACUUCGUCCAAAUGAUAAAAUAUUAUUUUCCAAGCCAUUAUUACCAAAAUGUAUAGGUACUGAAUUACUUGAAAUGAAAUAGCGUGGCCUCGGAAAUGCAGACGAAAAAUUAUAUUAAAUGGUAACACAAAAGUAGAAAAAAGAUAUCAUGGUCUUAUCAAGGAGUUAAGUCGUUUACACUCAGAAAUACUGGGGGUUAAAUAUGAGAGUUUCCAUUAACUUAGUAUUAAUACGGGUUAUCGGUAACUCACACUUUAACUCUUGAUGGUGAAAUCAGCCAUAAAAGUACUAAAAUAUUUUACAAUAAUGAAUUAGGUAUCUACCCAAUACUAUAAUAUGAGUACAUUAUAUUUGUAUUACCUGUUGUUGAAUUGCUACCGCGGUGGGACAUGGCCUGUACGAUUGGAAGGCUUUCGAGUGACAAAGCAGAUGACAUUUUUAAAGCAAAUUAGGUAAUAAGAACGAUAAUACACAAAACAGGUAAAAACAGUGGCAAGAAGCGAUAGAUAAAAACGAUGAUGCGAUAGUUACUGGAAAACUGCUCGGCUUAAAGAGGGAGACAUAUUCUAAUCAAAAAGUGAUACUGAAAUAUGAUGGUAGCGUGGAUAAGGGUAGUGGUUGUUAUGAGGGUGGUAGUUGUGGUGGUGGUGGUGGUGGUGGUGGUGGCGGCAGUGUUUUUGCCGCUCUGUUUGUGGCUCUGAAUGGUAACGGAAAGAACCAUGGGGAUGUCCUGUUGAUCGAUUUACUCUUAUCCCAACAAAAUAAUAAUUUCAUUAUCAGUAUGUAA